UCCGUCACCUCGAAACCCUUUCUUCGCGCUAACCUUUUCAUGUGAUCAAGUCUCACAUUCUGGAUUUUCAAUGGCCUAGGCCGAUUAUGAUGACGUGAACAACUCAAAACACUUCAGAAAAUAUGAGUAAAAUUCAAGAAAACGGAGGUGAGGCACCAAAGACCAAACCUGGGUUAAGUGGCGUAAGAACAACAAAUUUCUUUCGUGUAUUCAACUUUGAACUGUUUGUAAAACCUAAUAAAGUUGUUAUGGGACUUGGACUUACUGCAAUAACUGGCUGUGUGUGUUACAUCGCUUAUAUGAACGCCAUGAGUGAGAACAAACAAGAUCAGCUCUAUGAACAAUUUAAUGAAGAUGGUACAACAAGAAUUAGGAGGAGAACAUCAAGAUGGGACUGAAGUCGUGGAUUCUAAAGGUUACUUUACAUUCUUGGAGGAUGUUGCUGUUUAUCUUAAAAAAGGGACCUGAACCCGGAACUAUCAAGAGGAAAUAAGGCACCGUCUUUGACAGGUUGCUUAACCUCACGAUAUCCAUGCCAUAGCACAACACUGAACAUUUUAGUGGAUGAAAGAAAUUCACAGAAGACCUUGUACAGUAUAUCUAAAAUGUGUAGGCCCUGCAAAAUCUCAGCACUGUUGUAUAAUUAAAGUGCUAUAAAAGGAAUUUAAGUGCAGUAAUUAUUGGUAUAGUGUAUGGCAAUAGAAUAAAGAGUAAUAUCAACAGAA